GUCUGUCUAGGGCAAAAUAGCAGGUUUGUUCCAAUUGCAAUUUGGAGUGGACACGGGAGUGUAUUCCGGACAAUACAACAUGUGAGCCAUAUCUUUUCUCAUUCUAUGCGUCGCAUGAUCGUGUACAUUGUGCUGUCCGAUAAUUCCCCGUGACAGUGAGAAUGAUGGGGGUGAAGAGCAGAAGCCGAUUCAGAAUUACAUUAUGGUACAUCUUUCUUGCUUGGAGGUAGUGUUUUCAUCCCCAUUACCGUUCACGUUUGCGGGCCUAUCUAACAAUCAGGUAUCAUCUGCAUAAACUUGUACCAGUACUUAUCAUGUUGGCUUCAGACACCGGAAUUGCUAUCCUUGGCGCGGGUAUCUUUGCUAAGGAAGGACACCUUCCUGCACUGCAAAAACUUGGCCCUCUCGCGCCAAAGCUCAAAGCCGUUUACUCGCGAUCAGAGAAGAGCGCUCGUGAACUCGCUGCCGAAGCAACAGUCCUCCUCAACACUGCCCCUGAUGUCUACUUUGACGAUAAUCCAUCUUUAAAUCUUGAUGCACUUCUCGCAAGAUCUGACAUUUCAUCCGUUAUAAUCAUCCUCCCAAUCACCCUUCAGCCGUCCGUCGUCUUGAAAGCACUCGCCGCCGGCAAACACGUGCUAAGUGAAAAGCCCGUUUCAGCAGAUGUGGCGUCUGGUGUCGGAUUGAUCGCUCAAUAUGAAGCGCAGUACAAACCCAAAGGGUUAGUGUGGAGAGUAGCCGAAAAUUGGGAGGUUGAGCCAGGCCACAUCGCCGCUAGACGCGCUAUCGCAGGUGGCAAGAUAGGAAAGGUUACCUUCUUCAGCUCUCGCGCUGUUAACUUCACGGAUCGGGGUACGAAAUGGUAUACUUCGGCGUGGCGUCUUUUCCCGGAACAUCAAGGAGGUUUCGUGCUUGACACCGGUGUGCACUCCGCUGCAGCACUUCGUGUCAUACUCCCAAGUGCAAUGACUCACCUGUCCGGGUUUGCAUCGCUCAAUAAGCAGAUACUUGCGCCCCACGAUACCAUCAACACCAUCAUAAAAAACGCAGAUGGUUCACAUGGCAUUUUCGAGCUCAGUUUCGCUGCACCCAGCCUAUCUCGUUGCGAUCUGGAACGCGGCAUCAUCAUCACCGGAACAGAUGGCUGGCUCAAGGUCCAGCAAACCAUGGUCCGUGACCUCAUCCGUAACGUUGAGGAGCCCGGGUUUCGCGUCACUAUCAAGUCGGCCACCCGUGGUGCGAACGGUGUGCUUGGCCCCGAAAAGGAGGAAGUUAUCGACGAGCCAUUCAGAGGCGUGGAAUUGGAGCAGGCGAGCUUUUUUGUAGCAUUAGCAGGAAAAGAUGAUGGUCUUGGCAGCCCCCUUGGUGCACUGAAGGACGUCGCGGUUCUCGAGGCUGCCUUGACUAGUGGUGGAGAACUCGUUGAUCUUGAGAAACUCAUCAGCCAGUCUAUAUGGGACAUGUAG